UUGACUGAUCCCACUGGGAGACAUUUCACCCCACUCGUGUGUGUGCGUGCGUGUGACUUAAUGUAAGGCCCUCCCCUCCCGUGACAUCACUUCCUGUGCUGCUCUAUUUAAAGGGACCUCAGUCGGAGCCAAAGCGACUUGAGUGACGAUCCCGAAGGCUUUGGAUGUUCUUGUGAGGCUCGACCUUUCUUGUGCCACAAGUGAACCUGAGGUGUUCCCCGGUCUUAGCAGAAGAUUUCCCACUUGGACUCGGUCUUCUGGCACGAUGAGCGACAGCAGGACGAGCACCGUGCCGCCUCAGGCGUUCAAACGGGCCGCGAGGAAGAUCAAAUGUGCCGCCAUGGUGACCAGCCUGGCCAGGAGCUGGCAGGGCUGGGCCACUGAGCACGCAGACAAGCAGGACUCCAUCCCCACCGGCUGGAUCCCUUCGUCCGUGGACCAGGGGGAUAAAAAAGAGCGCACCCAUGUGGCCAAACUAAAUAUUACGCCCCGUGUGGUGGCUGUAGAUGCGAGCAACGCCGCUAGUGCCAUCAGAACCGGCUCGGUGACCAAGACGGUGCAGCCCAAACGCAGCGAGUGCAGUGGCGGCGAUGUGAUCAGUGCCAUCCGGGGACUGAUGGAGUCCGGCCCCGAGAAAAGCAAGCCGUUCUUCGGCAACGAGUCGCCGACGCGGCGCCGCCACCUGAGGGCGCUGCACGGCGCCGGAGGAGGCGUCAUCCAUGACAGGAAGUUGAUGCUGCAGGACAGGAAGUUGGGCUCCAGGAGCAGCAGCCUGGACACGGAGGACAGCGGGCUGGGGGACGAAACGGCGCUCGACGACAACGGCAGCGACACGAAAACAGAAACGACUGACGUCAGCCUGAAAAAAACAGCCAGCAGGCCUAAGAUGAAGAUUGCCGCCACAGGCGACAUCAAGAGCCGUUGGCAGCAGUGGUCCAAGCAGCACGCGGAGGGCCAGAAGCUCAACCCGUUCAGCGAGGACUUCGACCACGACUACGCCAUGAGCCUGCGACUGCGUAAGGGCGACAGCGGCUACGGGCGCCCCAAAGAGGGCUCCAAGACGGCCGAGCGAGGCGACCGGGCCCACAGACACAUCCACAGGGAGAUGGAGGAGAUGGUGUGGAUCAUCAGAGAAAUGGGCCUCGAGGACAGAGACGGCCGGGCGGCGGUCACCUUCGGACGCCUCUUCGACCGAUACGUGAAGAUCUCGGACAAGGUGGUGGGCAUCUUGCUGCGGUGCCGCAAACACAAGAUGGUGCACUUUGAGGGCGAGAUGCUGUGGAAAGGACAGGACGACCACGUCGUCAUCACGCUGACGGACUGACCCCUUAACCUUCUCAGUGGACCACGGGAAACUUUAGCUACUUAACCUCUGAGGUCGUGUUAUUUGACCAAAAAAAACCUCAGUCAUGCUUAGACAAAUCUCAUGAGACUUGAAUAUCACCAAAGAACCUUAAAGGCCUACUGAAAUGCGAUUUUCUUAUUUAAACGGGGAUAGCAGGUCCAUUCUAUGUGUCAUACUUGAUCAUUUCGCGAUAUUGCCAUAUUUUUGCUGAAAGGAUUUAGUAGAGAACA